UAGAUCAUCAUUCACUUUUCUCUAUCUCUCUCCCCUGAUCUCUCCCUCUCAUAAAGACCUUUCCUUUCCUUGCAUCACAACUCCUAAUCAAGAAAAGGGCAGAUCCAAGGUGGUGGUUAAGCUGUCAAUCUAUCAAUCAAUCAAUCACUCGACAAGAGUAUCAAGUUUUAAAAGGAAAAGGAAAAGGGAAUCAAAGAUGUCCUCCUCUUCGGCCUUGUCUUUGGACCACCUCCCUCCCUCCGAGCAGCUCUGUUAUGUCCAUUGCAACAUUUGCGACACUGUCCUGGCGGUGAGUGUUCCCUGCACAAGCUUCUUCAAGACUGUAACAGUUCGAUGCGGACACUGCACCAAUCUCCUGCCUGUGAACAUGAGAGGACUGCUUCUGCCUUCGGCUAAUCAUCAGUUUCACUUAGGGCACAACUUCUUCUCUCCUUCACACAAUCUUCUGGGGGAAAUUGCAAGCCCUACUCCAAACUUUUUGAUGAAUCAAAUCAACACAAAUGACUUCACCUUACCCACUCGAGGAGUGGUUGAUGAGAUCCCAAGGCCUCCAGUUAUCAACAAACCUCCGGAGAAGAGACAGAGAGUCCCCUCUGCGUACAACCGCUUCAUCAAGGACGAGAUCCAACGAAUCAAGGCAGGGAAUCCUGAUAUAAGCCACAGAGAAGCAUUCAGUGCGGCAGCUAAGAAUUGGGCCCACUUCCCUCACAUUCACUUUGGACUCAUGCCUGAUCAGACCGUGAAAAAGACUAACGGGCGCCAGCAGGAAGUGGGGGAGGACGUGCUGAUGAAAGAUGGAUUCUUUGCUGCUCCAGCUAAUGUUGGGGUUUCUCCCUACUAAUUGGCACUACAUUUCUCUAUUAAUUUGCAAUGGUGACAGUCUUUUAGGUUAGCAUGCCUUUCUGGUGGUGGACUGGGGAACUAGAUCAGUUGUGAACUGUUCAAGAGUACUAAUUUUAAAACUACUUUUAAUUUACUUGAUAUCUUAUGGAUCGAUGUAUGCAUGAUAGCAUCUACCAUGUACUUUUUUUGAGACAUGAUCUCUCUCUACGUACCUCUUCUUUCAACCAUUUAAUUAACUAUUAUCACCAAUAAAUUUACAACAUAUGAUGUUAAGUUGUAUUAAAAAUUGAGGAAUUGUCAUCAGUACAUAAAUUAUAGGUAUUAAAAGAAUGAUAUUCCAAGUAAAUUAAACCCCAGGAGCAUUAACAACAUUGCAGUAGGGAUAAAAAGAAGAAAAAAACACAAUUCAAAAUCACCUAACAUCCGUAUCAACAGGACUAAAAUUACAAACAUAAACACACACAAAGUGACAAUCGACUCAUUAAGAAGCCA